GAAUCAAUAAAAAUAUUUUCAGUUCAGUAAAAAUAAUUUUAGUUCCUUACAAAUAAGGUGAAGUGAACUAGGCCAAAGUGUAAUGUAGGGCAAAAGUUAACGAGUGCCCCGGGGCGUUAGAUUAGAGAGCUAAAUGUAGAAAUAUUAUAGUAAAAUUAACAUUAAUUACAUCGAUCGACGCGUGAUUUUGUCAUCCAUUCCGAACUUCAUACUAUUUUAAGUAAUAUAUUAAUCCUUUAUUUAACGCUCCGGGACGCUUGUUAGCAAGAUCCAUGUAGGAACAGUGAAAAAGUCAACACGUUGCAUUAAAAAAAAAAUUAAAUUAAAUAAAAAAAAUAAAAAAUAAUAAUAAAAAAAAAAUUACUUGUACUCCGUAUUAUUCUUAUUCUUUACUGAGUACGAGUAUUUCUCUUCUGCGUUGUGCAACUGCAACAAAACUGCAGCUGAAGCUUAGGGCUAUGGCAACUCAGGCCUUUAUAAAAAUGUCUCAUAAUUAGCGGAUAAUUACAAUCCUUAAUUCUGCAUAAUCGUGUUAAAUUAUUGCGAAACAAUGACAAAAACUCCAUCUUUGGUGAACCUCUGCUUUGGUGCCCUUCAACAUCACAUUCUUUAUGGGGAAGAUGAUGAGUUAGUUCAGGGAAUAUAUGAGCUACCCACUGAGCUGUUUGAUGGUUUAUUGAAGAACCUGCCUGCUAUAGCCCUCCAAAAAUUGCAAUUACAAAUGCCUUUGGAGAGACAGACUGAGUUUGACCUUGAGUAUGAUUGCUCUGGAAAUGGAAGGAAGCGUGUGAGAUAUGGCAAGUUCGAAAUUGCAUGGAAGGCAUUAUAUUCCUCACGUUGGCCUGAACUUGUCAAGCAUUCCCAAGAGAAUCCUUCGUCACAAAAAAGUAUGUUGGAAUGUGAAGCACCAUUUGACUGGCAACAUAUGUAUUGGGAAAUGCAUCUUCAGAAUUGCUUUGAUGCAGCUGCAGAGAGAGCUAUGUUACCGUCUUUUGAUGGAUGUGUUGGGGAUGUUAAAAUUCCAGAUGAACUAAUCAAAAUAAUGGGUUAUGAGGAACCAACUAAAGGAUCAAUGCAUCAUUACUCCAAAUUGCGUGGUCAUUGCCAAGACUUUGGAUGUUAUGUGAGAUCUUUGAGACUUCAGAACAUAUUUUGCAAUAAGGAAACUUGUCAAUUAUUAGCAAACAGCAAGUUGCAAGGUUUGUUGCUAAGGAGAAUUUCCUCCGACAUGCACUGUGAUGGAUUAUGCAUGAUACUGAAACAGAACAGAGAAACAAUAUCAUCCCUGGAAUUUGUCAACUGCAAGUUUUCAUUGGCGAUUUUGGAGGCAAUCUGUAAUACAUUGGAAAUGGAAGGUACACAAGCACAUGGAGUGAAACAUUUUUCUGUCAAAGCAUCAAAGUUUUUAGAAGAAAAUCCAGCGUUUUUUCCGCCAAAGCUCGUAUCCUUACUAUCAUCAAGAUCACUGGAGUCAUUAAGCCUUUGUGAUGACCAUAUUGGGAGAAAUUAUGCUAAAUUGACUCUUAUGGCACUUCUUGAUGCUUCAUCUGCUCUCUCCACCCUAGAGCUGUCAGAUAACAAUAUUUCAGGCUGGCUUUCAGAUUUUCGUUGUAGCUCUUCCAAUCAAGCCUUGUGUUGCAAACCGAGCAAGUCUUUGCAGUCUUUACGUGUGCUUAAUCUAAGGGGAAACAAUUUGCGGAAGAAUGACCUUGAAGACCUUGCAUCUGCACUCAUUCAUAUGCCAGUUUUGGAUACUCUAGAUUUAGAUGACAAUCCUUUUGAGGAUGAUGGGAUCAAGUGUUUAAUCCCUUACUUUGUCAAGACUUUUGAACACUUUCCCCUUGCCAAUCUUAAUUUGAAGAACUGUAAGCUCUCCUGUAAUGGAGCAACUGAACUUCUGGAAGUUCUUUUAGCGUUAAAAUACCCUUUGACUUCUCUUUCUCUGGCAGAUAAUGAUCUUGGAAGUCAAAUAGCACCAUUACUCGGAGAUUUUAUGCACACAUCUAUAAGGUCGCUUGAUAUAAGGGACAUUGGCCUAGGUUCAUCCGGAUUUUUAGAACUGAGGAUUAAUAUGCCAGAUGUGGUGAGGCUAAUCAGCAUUAACAUAAGUGAGAAUCAUGGGGGGAUCCAAGCUGCGGAAUUUCUUGAAGAUCUUAUCUCUAGAGCUUCAGAACUUGUUGAUGUGCAUGCAGGAUACAAUUUAAUGCCCUCGGAAUCCUUGAAAAUUAUAUGUUCAGCCCUCACAAUUGCUAAAGGGAAUCUUCAACGUAUUGAUCUUACAGGAAACCACAAAAUUUGCCUGGCUGAUCACAUAUCGGCGCUUUCUGAAUUUCAAUACAAUGGAGAACCAAUUGUGGUGAUCUCAACCUCGCUUUCCCAAGACACGCUCUAUGAUGAUGAUCCAUAGAGCAGUGGCAUACUGGCAUGUAUUAGACGUACGUUCCCUACUUAAAACGACAUCCAUGAGAAAAUUCCCCCCUCCCCCCUUUUUAUUUUUUAUUUUUUUGCAAUCCAUGAAUGUCAUCAAUAGGGUGUCUCAUUGUGAUGUCAAUUCAUCACUUAAUAGACAGUGCAACUAGCAUGUAGAAGUUGAAGGUAAAGAAAUUCCAAUCAUUUGUUAUAAACUCUUAAAAUAAAUCUUUAAUGUUUGCUACA